AUGAUAGGACUGAAAUUCGCCGCUAGAAGCACUCCCCGCUUCCAGUCUUUGUUCUGGAGACCCUUUAGUAGGACGUCGUUUACAUUAAAGAGCAAGGCCAAAAAUUCCACCGAUGUCGAGGAAAUAAAUCCGUCAGCUAUACUGAAAGACGUCGACACACAGUUCCAAUCUGUCUUGGACAAGUACAAGAAAAAGAUCACAGAGAUCAAAUUGGGCAAGGCAGAUCCCCAAAUUUUUAACAAAUUGAAAGUCAGGGUCGAAAAUGGGACAGUUCCGUUCACCGACAUCGCUCAGACCACCCUCAAAGGAAAGUUUCUUACCAUUACCGUUUUUGACCCCAAGAAUAGCAAACGGAUCAUCAGCGCUAUUUUGGGUACUAAUUUGAACCUGAAUGCUGAGGAAGACCCCAAAAACCCACAGCUUCUGAGGGUUGCUCUGCCAUCCACCACCAAGGACUUGAAAGAGAAACAGGCCAAGGAAUUAAAGGAAAACUUCAACAUUUUCAAGGCCAGCUCUGCAAGCAUCCGUGCACAGGUGCUUAAAGACCUCAAGAAAGUGCGGGGCUCUGCCGACACGCUUAGGAAGCUGCUGAACGAUAUUGAGAAGACACACAAGAACUACACAGAAAAAUUGACCAAUGCGUACAAAGAGGCCGAAAAGAGCCUGAAAUAA